CGUCUCCUCCCUACACGCGCACACUACGUCUCCUCCCAUGCAUGCGCACACUACGUAGGGAGUCAGACGACAGAUUCGAAAAUUGUUAAGAAUUCUCGAAUCCCUUGGAAACGUCCGUUUCAGCAGAUGUGUCUGUAGCUCGAGACUCGAACUUUUAUGGUGUUUCCGGUAAGCUGACAGCAGGAGAAAAGACGAAACGUCCAGAUGAAGCUGUUUGUGAGUGAAGGCAGUCCGCAGUGUGUGAAAGUGUUGGCAGCGCUCGCGCACACAGGGGUUACAUGUGACGUACAGCUGCUCAGCCACGAGGAAAGCGUGGUGUCCUUCCUGAGUCACCCAGUCCUCCCAGCUUUGCUGCUACCCAGCGGCCAGCAACUGUUUAGUGCUAACGCCAUCUGCCAAUAUCUGUUCGAGGUUGGUGGGAAGGAGAUCACUGAUGCCAGCAGGCAGUUAUUGGAAUGGGAAGCUACAGAAUUGCAGCCUGUGCUGCUUCAGGCCCUCCAUGUGGCCAUGCUGCAGGGGAAGAAGAGCGAGGCUGGCACACUGCUGAAAAAGCCUCUGAGCUGGCUGGAACAACAUCUGGGUGAAAAAACAACACAGUUUCUAACUGCAGAGACAGUCGAAGUUGCAGACAUCGUCUUGUGGGCAGCACUGUACCCUGUUCUGUCUGACUCCGCUUUAGAAGCUGGUGAGCUGCGUUCUGUUCGAGGCUGGUUUGAGCGUGUAAGUCCCCUCCCAGCAUGCACUAAAGCAGUUCAGAAGAUUCUGCCUGGGAAGGAGCUUAAUGCUGUGAAGAAUUUCCUUCAAAAGCAACCAGCACCACAUGCACAGCAAAGGGAAAACCUGCCCAGUGAGAUCGAAGACACAGAGCAUGUGAUGACCGAAGAGGAGAUUGAGGUAGCCGCUCAGGCUUGGAGUAAAGGACUACCAGAGUGUGAUGAGCCUGUAAAAAGGCAACACCCUAUUUUACCUAAGGAAGGGAAGCGUAAUGUGCUGGUAACCAGCGCCCUGCCGUACGUUAACAACGUGCCUCAUCUUGGCAACAUCAUCGGUUGCGUGCUCAGCGCUGAUGUGUUCUCCAGAUAUGGCCGUUUGCGUGACUGGAACCUGCUGUAUGUGUGCGGGACAGACGAGUAUGGCACCGCAACCGAGAAUAAAGCUCUUGAGGAGGGUCUAACGCCCCAACAGAUCUGUGACAAAUACUUUGUAGUUCACAGUGAAAUCUACAAGUGGUUCCAGAUCGACUUUGACUAUUUCGGCCGCACUACCACUCAGCAACAGACAGAAAUUUCACAGAACAUAUUCUUUCGUUUAUAUGAGCGGGGAUUUCUGCACGAGGACACAGUGGAGCAGCUGCGCUGUGAGAACUGCCAGCGCUUCCUAGCUGAUCGCUUUGUGGAGGGUGUGUGUCCUAACUGCAAAUAUCCCGAAGCCAGAGGGGACCAGUGUGAUAAGUGUGGCCGACUCAUUAACGCUGUGGAGCUCAAGGAUCCGCAGUGUAAGGUGUGUGGACAGACUCCUAUGAUUCGCACAUCUAAGCACUUGUUUCUCGACCUUCCCAAGCUAGAAGGAGACUUGGAGACAUGGCUGGAGCAGACUCUUAAUACUGGUGACUGGACAGCUAAUGCUAAGCAGAUCACUCGCUCGUGGAUAAGAGACGGCCUGAAGCCACGCUGCAUCACACGAGAUCUGAAGUGGGGGACACCUGUACCACUCCCAGAAUAUAGUGAGAAGGUCUUUUACGUUUGGUUUGAUGCCCCCAUCGGCUACCUCUCCAUAACGGCCAACUACACCAGCGAAUGGGAGAAAUGGUGGAAGAACCCACAACAGGUGGAGCUGUACAACUUCAUGGCGAAAGACAACGUUCCAUUCCACAGUGUGGUGUUCCCGUGCUCUCUGCUCGGCUCACAGGACAACUACACGCUUGUCAACCAUCUCAUCGCUACAGAAUAUUUGAACUAUGAGGAUACAAAGUUCUCAAAAAGUCGCGGCGUUGGAGUGUUCGGAGACAUGGCUAAGGACACCGGCAUUCCGUCUGAUGUUUGGCGUUUCUACCUGACAUACGUGAGACCUGAGGGCCAGGAUUCCACCUUCUCUUGGGCUGACCUGGCUCUGAAGAACAACUCGGAACUGCUCAAUAACCUGGGCAAUUUCAUCAACAGGGCAGGCAUGUUUGUGAGUAAGUUCUUUAAUGGCUGUGUGCCGGAGAUUGUGCUGCAGGAUGAAGACAAGCGUCUCAUCGCUCAGGUGUCCUGGGAGCUUAAGCAGUACAUCCAGUUGCUGGACAAAGUCAGGAUUCGUGAUGCCCUGAAGUGCAUUCUCAACAUCUCCCGCCAUGGCAACCAGUAUAUUCAGAGUAAUGAACCCUGGAAGAAGAUCAAAGGAGGAGAUGUGGACAGGAAACGUGCAGGCACAGUAACCGGCGUGUCGGUGAAUGUGGCGUGUCUCCUUUCUGCAAUGUCGGAGCCGUACAUGCCCACAGUCAGUCAGACCAUCCGUGCCCAGCUGCAAGCUCCAGAUAAUUGUGCCACUGCCAUGCUGGGUGCUGAGGGAUGUUUCCUUCGCAGCCUUCCAACCGGCCACCAAAUCGGCACGGUCAGACCUUUGUUCCAGAAGCUGGAGCCUGAGCAAAUUGAGAUACUGAGAAAGAAAUUUGGAGGACAACAGCCAGAGGAGGAGACCCCUACGGGAAAGGGUCCCAGUAACAAGAUAAGCCCCACAGAGACCAAACCUCCCACUGCCGCCGAACCUAACGCCAGUCAAGGAAAGAAGUGACGAGGGAGGAGUAGGAGACCAUUAUUUGGGUGUACUGUACCAUAUGAAGGUACAUUGUGCAGGGAUUUUUUUUUUUUUAAUUCUUUCUUUUAAAGAAUCAUUGAAGGAACGUACUGUAUAACAAGAAUCAAGUUGACGUUACUGCUGCCAAGGCCACCAUGUUAACAUCAAACACUGUACAAUAAUAAAACGGCUAAUGUAGUAAUGCAAGAUUGUCUGUAGAGCAACUAUUUCAUCAUUCAGUAAAACGGUUAUGAAGCUUUUAUUUUUUUUUAAGUGAAGAAUAUGCAUUCAUUCAUUACCUUUUUUUUCCCCUUUUUAAAAUAUCAUUCUUCAUAUUACUUGCAUUAAUCAAAUUCACUGCUCAUUAAAAAACACAACGUUCAAAUUAACUUAUUUAGAUUUUUAUUAGUAAAUGUAUACAAUACAGUAAAGACCAAAAAAGGGAAAUUCUAUCACCUUUGAUUAUACAAAUACAAUACAGCAUGCAUCUUUUACUUAUUGCACAAUACUACCGUGUGAAUAAUGAUAUAUAAAAUGAGUGAUCAGAUAGGAAGAUACAAUAGAAAAAUAAGCAUGGGUCAGCUUGAACUGCAUAAUCUAAAUGGCUAAAUUACAAAAGUGAUAAUGACUACUAGACCCACCACAUUUCUCCUACCACCUCCAUCCACGCUUAAAGGCCAUGGCUUGAGCUGAGCUUCAGAAAAAGAAAAAAAAUUUUUUUACAAAUGCAGUCUCUUUCGGGGGGGAAAAAAAGUCCUGAGCUAAUUCUACCAUAACAUUUGUUUAAGCCCUUUUAAUUUGUCAUAAGAAGACAAUAUUGAUCUACCUCUAUUAAUUGGGUUACAAUGAAAUGCACAGAGAAUCCUUGCAUAAAACCAUUAUACAUGUCUCACAAAUCCAUUUUAAGAGUAAAUGGACAAAUAAGUGCUUUAAUUUCAAAAGUUGGUAAAGUAUUUGCCAGUUACACCUACCCCCGGAGUCAGUUACCACGUCAAGAGUUCUACAUCCUAUUUCUACAGUCUAGUACAAAAGCAACAUGUGAUGGAUACUGCAUUUAAGAAAAAUACAAUACACCUCUUAAUAUCUGCUUCUUGUGUACGAAACAGUGGUUUAGAUGAUCAAUAAGGUGCCUGAUUACUGAUGCAGAUUAUUAUGGUAAUAACUCUAAACCUGGGGUCUUUCUAUUUCUAUAGUCAAGUCAGAUUUCAUCACACUUUCUGUCUCUAGCCUUCAUUUUUGGGGAAGACCCUUUAAAACAAAAUAA